UGGACAAAUCAUCUAAUGGGCUUUGCCAUAGCCUAGCUAAAUGGACCUUAGGUCCAUUGGGCCGUCCCCGUAUUCCUACUUCACUUUCUUACCAAAUCACGGUGACCUAAAUCGUAAUUUGAAGAAGGGACUGAAAUUAGAUUACAGGAGGAAGAGGAAAAGGAUUUCAUAAUAAAGGUUGGUUUUAUUCUUAAUAUCUUAUAUGAUGAAUUUCUUUGUUGCAGACGGCGUGUAUUCGUGAUCGUCUUCUCUGCAAGAAUAAAUUAGGGUUUUGUUCUUGGGCAAUCUGAUUGGAAUUGCGUUACCGUAAUUUCCUUCGCUCUUCUCCAUGGCCACAAACUCCAAUCUCAGCAUUGACGUUCCCCUUAUCGCCUCCGUUAAACAUGAGCCGCCUUCACCGCCAAUGCCACAGCCACAAUUGGAAACUGAAGCGGAACCGGAACUGAAACACAAAGACGAAGCCGUUGUGGUCGGAGAUACGCAAGGCCUCCCAAUUGUGCAUCUACCUCCUCAAUUUUUUGAAUCCAUCAAAGAACUCAGUUCUCUCUCUACUCUCAUCCAAACCUUCAAAGUUCGAUUUGAUGAACUGAAAAAGCACCUUGAUUUCAUCCAAAAUGCGCUUGAUACACAUUCCAAUGAAGUCCCCCCCUCACCUCAUCAACCUUUAUCACAACCAGAACAACAACAAAUUCAAAUUCAAAAUCAAAAUCAAAAUCAACAUCGUCUAGAAUCAAUUCCCUCUUCAAAACAACCACCCGAAACAAAAGCUACAGCUCAAAAUAAAGGAAAAACCGAAGGGGAAGCUGAGACAGAAGCAACGGCCCCGGGAACGAAGGAGUCUUCAAAAUCUGAAGUUCAACUUCUAUGUGAAACUAUGUGCAGCCGCGACUUACGUAAGUACAUCGUCACCCGCCUCCAUAACGCCACCAAGCUUCGAGAAGAAGUUCCAGCGGCACUCAAGUGCGCCCCCAAUCCAGCCAAGCUCGUGUUGAAUUGUAUUGGGCGGUUUUAUCUGCAAGGUACCAAAGCAUAUAUCACGGACUCUCCCAUGAUUCCUGCGAGGAAAGCAGCCAUUUUGACCAUGGAGUAUUUUCUUCUCAUGAUGGACAACCAGGUUGAAAUCAAGGCAGAGGUGAAGAAGGAGGCUGAGACUGGGGCUGUUUUGUGGAGGAAUAGGCUUAUUAGUGAGGGGGGCCUUUCUCGGGCUGCUGAGAUUGAUGCAAGGGGUUUGCUUCUUUUUGUGGCUUGUUAUGGAAUCCCCGCUGUGUUUAAGAACGAGGAUGUUUGGAAUUUGAUACAGUUGAGUAAUUUGAGAAGGAUUGCUGAUGUCCUCCGUCGAUCCCCUGCUCUUGUUGCGAGGGUUUCAGUGAUCAUCGAAGGCAUGAUGAAGAAUGGAAUGGCUUUUGAAGCUGUCGAAGUUACUUCUCUUCUUGGGAUAGACGACAAGUUCCCUCUUCAGAAAAUUUUGAAUUCUUUCUUACACGAGUCUAAAGAAUUAUAUAAGAGAAACAGACAAGAUGCAAGAGGUUCCCCUCACUUAUUGAAAUAUGCAAAUGAAAAACAAUUAGAUGCUCUUAAAUCAGUAAUGAAGUGUUUGGAAGGUCACAAGAUUGAUCCGGUUGAGAUUCUUCCAGGAUGGCAAAUUAAAGAAAAGAUAAGCAACCUAGAAAAGGAGACUGCCGAUCUAAAUAAAAAGGUGGAAGAACGUGUGAAUGCAAAGCGAAAAGCUGAUAUGAAUGAUUCCUUGAGUAAAAAGAGUCGAGAAACAAAAUGCUCACUGGGACUGACAGCCAGAGGUUCACCCAUGAUAUCUCCCUUAUUAGGUGGGGUGCAUGAGCUAAGGGCUGCCAGUCAUCUGGAUAGCCAGAGCUCAUAUGAUGCUUUGUUACCAAGAAGUUCGUUCGACUGUGAAUUGUCUGGUCGUGUCAACAGUUAUCCGUCCUCCGCCUCAUCUAUUGCAUAUGGAUAUGGUGCAGUACCUUUGCCUGAGAGUGUUCACGGUGGUGGCUUGCAUGCAGAUGGUGUCAGAUCUGGCAUUUCAUCUAGAUACUGUCUGCUUUCUUCUGGUUUAUAUUCAGACAACAACAGUCAUGGGGUUGUUGAUAGAUCUGGACAGAUGAUGAACAAUAAUGGUACAUCAUAUGGAUGGCAUGGUGUCGGGGAAACAGCAUUUGGUGACAGCCACAGAUCAGUAGGACAGAGCGUUGCUGCACAUCCUGCGGUUUUUUCCAGGGCAUCAGAAGGCUUUGCCGGCAUUCUUUAUUCCCCCACUCCUGGCACUGCUAACCAGAGUUUAUCAUCUGAUCUGUAUUCUUUUGCUGAUGUUGUAGAUAACAACAGUUCCCAUCAGUCUGGCCCUUUGCAACCUGUCGUGCCUACUCAACAUCGGUCAUACAUGCACUGAAUCAGUUGGAACUGAUUGGUGUGGCCUUCCUAGCUUUGACAUGCAUCUAUAUAUAUCAUGCUUAGAGGAGAUGAGGAAUCCUAGCUUGAAACAAAGCACCCGGUUUCCAGCCAAUGAAUCCAUUGGCAAGCUUUGGUAGCGUUGGAAGGAUAUUCUGGUGCGAGAUUUAGUUGUGCCUUUGUCAGCUGAAUUAUUUUGUGCUUAUGAAGGCAUUUUUUCGAAGGUAAUGCUGAUGCCAUUCCUCCUUGGUUAGCAAUCUCAUUGUUUUUACCUUAUGAAACAUAUCAAUAAACCCAUCUUGAAAUUAGUGGUAAAA